GUGCACUGGAAGCCAGCACUCAGUGAGUACUGUGCCUGUUUGUUGCUCCUUCCCAAUUUCCCUGGGCUUGGAUGAAAUAAUCACAAAUGAUUUGAGCAGCUUUACAUUCCUGUUUGCCUGAUAGAGGGUAGGAGAUUCCAGGGGACGGAGAGGGGAGCAGCAUCCUGGCUGGGAUGUUUCUCUUCUGUUGGUCAGGGUUCACUGAUGUUCUCCUGCCGUUUUAUGGGUGGGAGGAACAAGGAGAGACAGAUGCUUCAGAAAAGUCAGCAAGAGCAGCGUUGCUUCCCUGCUCCAGGCAUCGAGUUUGGUGGGGUGGUGCAGGGGGGUGUUUGUUUUAUGUAUUGAGCAGUUAGGGAAAACCUGGGCUAUUCAGAAAUUACCAGAGGCUCAGGAAAGAACAGCACGGGUCUGUACCCAAGAGGGCUUCCUAAAGAUUUGUUCAUCAUUUAUACUUUCUUUGUGGGAUGAUGGAGCCUCAUUCAGCAGCAUGGUAAUGCAUGUAUGGUGGGACUAACCCUGCAGCAACAAAACAGUUCCUUGACAGCUGGUGAUCAAACUUAGGUGUUGUUAUGGCCAUGUAUGCACUAGAUAUCUGUGUUGUCUUUGGGUAUCUGACCUUUUGUUCAGGCUUGGAUUGCAGGUAACUUGGAGGACUGCUGAUUUGCUGCUUGAUAAGUGUGUGAGAGAUAACAGAGCUGUGCAACAGGGAUCUGAGGAUAAGGAGGGACCUGACUCGGGUCAGGUAGGCAGCAGAGCCACAUAAGCCAGCCACACCAUCCCUGGCAGCAUCUGCUUUUGUAAGAGGUUGAGUGUGGCUUAAGGCUCUUUGAAAUGUGAUUUGUAAGGUCAGGAUGACAUUGCUAUGGUCUAAUUUAAAAUGGAAGGGCAUUAUGCUGUCUGUGUGCUGAAUGCUCCUUGGGCCAGACUAAAGCCUUUUGGGGGCUUCACUGCUUGUGGAAGAGAGAGGAUUUUAAGUAGGAAAAGUAGACCCAUUGGGUUUGUCCUGCUUUUAGCAUCACCUCUGCCUUAGAAGCUGCCCAGUUGCUGCUGGUGGAUGACAGUCCCCUGAAAAAAACCUGCACUGUACUACAGAAAUUUCCUCCUAAUUCACAUAUUAGUAAUUAACCAUUCUCCCUCCCCAGAGGGGCAGGUGCAUGAAAACACCCACUCUUUUCCUUCUGGCUGAAGAAACAAUAGAGAAAGACCAGGACCAGAAGCAAAGCAGAGUGAUGCUGUCCUGCUGCAUUGCUGGUGGCCCCAUCAUCAGCUUUCCAAAUGCAGCCCCUCAGAGCCAGGCUGGUGCCCUUUGUCCUCGUGCAGAGGUGACAACUUUCUCUAUUUGUGGCAGCCAUGCAGGGACCGAGACCAGUGGUUCUGAGUGGCCCAUCAGGUGCAGGGAAGAGCACUUUGAUAAAGAAAUUGUUUAAGGAUUAUGAGAACAUCUUUGGCUUCAGCGUCUCUCAUACAACGAGGCAGCCGAGACCUGGAGAAGUAAAUGGCAAAGAUUACCACUUUGUGACCAGAGAGGAAAUGAAGAAAGAAAUCGAUGCUGGUGAAUUCAUUGAGCACGCAGAGUUCUCAGGAAAUAUGUAUGGGACGAGUAAACGUGCAGUGCAGGCUGUUCAAGCCAAGAACCAGAUCUGCAUCCUGGACAUUGACAUCCAAGGCGUAAAGAACAUCAAGAAGACAGACCUGAACCCCAUCUACAUCUCUGUGCAGCCUCCGUCCAUAGACGUCCUGGAAAAAAGGCUGCGUGACCGACAGACUGAGACAGAAGAAAGUCUACAGAAGCGUUUGACUGCAGCCCGUGUAGAUCUGGAACUUAGUAAAGAGCCUGGCCUCUUUGACUUGGUCAUUAUUAAUGAUGAUCUAGAAAAAGCCUAUUCAGAACUGAAGGAGCAGCUCCUGAAGGAAAUCCAGAAGGCCCAAGAAUCCAGGAAGUCCUGAGCUGAGCCUGCCUGGACGUUUUAACUUUAUCACAUCAUUCCUGAGCCACAUCACAGCAUUUCAUUCCAAGAGACAUUCCCUUUAGGCCCAUCCUCCUCCCACGUUACUCUAGGUUAUUUCUAUUAAAAGGAAGGAAAACAAAA